GGCAACACGAUGAGUCGCGACAGCACGCCGGAACCUAUACCGAUGCGCGCAAUACCUUUGGAGUCCACGUCUAAGUUCCGCACCGGCGCCGACGUAGAGCUGAUUGAGUAUGUGCGCAGCCGCCCCGUGCUGUACGACCCCUCGCACUCGCGCUACAUGGACAACCUGCUCAAAAACGGCCUCUGGAACAAGAUCGGCAGACAGCUGAGGGCUAGCCCGAGCGCAUGCAAAGCGCGCUGGAACAACAUCCGCGACAACUACCGCAAGGCGCUGCGCAAGCGCAGCAUCAACGGCAAGCUGCAGUACAAGUUCGCGCACCUGCUGGGCUUCAUGGACCCCAUCUACAAGGGUCAAUUUGAGCCCAGCACUUGCCAAGCAGCCAACAAUAGUGCAAGCCAAUUAAGCGCAAAAACAGAAAACUCAGAAGACAGCAACGAAGUGGAAGGCCCAGACGAAUCACUACAACAAUCAACCAAUUACGACGAUCAAUUCGAGGCCGACGGUCUCUCCAACCAAUCAGAGUCCGUCGUAGACUACGAGAUGUUCGAAAAGACCAACGUGUCUGGUUCCUACCCCCCGCACCCCGCGCCGCAGGCCGUGGACGCGUUCUUAGCCGCGAUUGGUAUGUCGCUGAAAGGCCUGAGUCCGUACCACUUAUCUAUGGCCAAGGCGGAGAUUUUUGCUGUUGUGCAUAAGUAUGAGUUGAAGGGGAUUGUGCAAAACGGGUGGGCGCCUUCUAAUGUUAAUCCUUUGCCUUGAGAGGUGUA